AUGACAGAGUCCAACCCUCUCAUUCUCUACGACAUCUCUUCGUCCAUACAACCCCGGUCCUACGCACCCAAUCCCUCCAAAGCCCGUCUAGCCCUCAGCUUCAAGCGUGUGCCCUUCACGACGACCUGGGUCGACAUCCUCGACAUCCCUGACGUCCGCAAGGGGCUCUCCUGCCCAGCCGUCCGUAAGCUCGACGAUGGCUCCGACUUCUACACGCUGCCCAUGCUGCAGAAUCCGGCUUCGGGCAAGGUCGUUGGCGACUCGUUCGACAUCGCGAACUAUCUGGAGGAUACCUUUCCAGACUCAGGCGGCUGCCUUUUCCCCCUAGACUCAACCUGCACUGGACUCGACUACGAGAGCCCGAACAAGGACACGGUAUUUUUCGCACCCCUGACUAGAAGAGAGGGGUCCAAGAACAAGGCCUACGCAAGGUUCAACGUGCACGUCGACGCUACCUUCUCUGCCCACGUGGUCCUCGUCGCCCAGUAUAUGCCCCUCCCCCCGAACACGGCCGAGGCCAUAAAAGCCCUCUUCGUCAAGCGCGCGCACUUGAGCUCUUGGGAUGAUGUCUGCGUCCAGGGAAAGGUAAGAGAGCAGAUCAAGGCGGCGUUCAAGAUCGCGCUCAAGUCACUUGCCGACCUGUUCAUGGUCCACGAAACAGGACCGUACCUUGAAGGCAAAGAGGCUAAUUAUGCAGACCUGAUUGUGGGCGGGUGGCUGAACAUGCUUUCCGCCACCAUGCCCGAGAAGGAGUGGAAAGACUUCAGGACGUGGCACAAUGGAGUCUUUGCCCGGCUGCAUGAUGCCUUGCAGGAGAAGUAUUUCGAGUGCAAGUAG